UUCUCUAAACAUGAUGCAUUUUAAAGUUUUAAAUAAAGUUUAGCUUAUUAACUCCACCCUUAGUUCCUAACACAUUCGCGAUGUUUUCGAUUUGCAAACAAACACACCCGGCAACCGGCAUCGAACAUGCCAUAAGUUGUUAUUUCUUCAACAAAUCUGAAAGAAGCUUAGUUACAGCUGCUGCAAAUAUAAUCAAAGUAUUUAGGCUUAUUCCUGAUAUAGAUUCUAAGUCCAGGAGUGAUAGAUAUUCAGAGUUCUUCCCCCCAAAAUCAAAGUUAGAAUGUAUGGCACAAUAUUCAGUGUUUGGGAACAUUAUGUCCCUACAAAGUGUCAGUUUAGCAAAUUCAACAAGGGAUGCUCUGUUAUUAGCAUUUUCUGAUGCCAAAUUAUCAGUUGUUGAAUAUGACCCAGAGUCUCAUGAUUUAAGAACACUUAGUUUACAUUACUUUGAAGAAGAUGAUAUGAAAGAUGGUUGGACACAUCAUCAUCAUGUGCCAAUUGUUAGGUCAGAUCCAGAGAAUCGUUGUGCAGUUAUGACUGUUUUUGGCAGAAAACUUGUGGUACUGCCGUUCCGUCGUGAAAAUGCUAUUGAUGAUACUGAUAGUGAUGUAAAACCAAUGGCAAAUAACUCAGGUUACACAAAGGCGCCAAUUCUGUCCUCUUACAUGAUCAUGUUGAAGGAUACAAUGGACAAAAUUGAUAAUAUAAUUGAUAUACAGUUUUUGCAUGGUUACUAUGAACCCACACUAUUAAUAUUGUAUGAACCCUUAAAGACUUUUUCUGGUCGAGUUGCUGUUCGAACUGAUACAUGUGCAAUGGCAGCAAUUUCAUUAAAUUUACAACAAAAAGUGCAUCCUGUGAUAUGGAGUGUUUCAAACUUACCCUUUGAUUGUACCAGAGCAGUACCAAUCAAGAAGCCACUAGGGGGUACUUUAAUAUUUGCAGUCAAUUCUUUAAUUUAUCUGAAUCAAAGCAUUCCUCCAUAUGGUGUAUCAUUGAACAGUAUUGCAGAAACUUGUUCCAGUUUUCCAUUAAAGCCACAGGAAGAUAUAAAAAUCAGUAUGGACUGUGCUCAAGUUGGAUUUCUUGAAGAUGACACAUUAGUAUUAUCUUUAAAAGGUGGUGAAUUGUAUGUGUUGACCUUAUUGGCAGAUAGUAUGAGAUAUGUGAGAAGUUUUCAUUUUGAAAAAGCAGCUGCAAGUGUACUUACAACAUGUAUUUGUAUUUGUGAAAAUAACUUCCUCUUCUUGGGUUCUCGCCUUGGAAACUCACUAUUGUUGCGUUUCACUGAAAAAGCAAAUGAAGUAAUUACUCUAGAUGAAACUGAUGAACCAGCACCUAAGAGAGUUAAGAAAGAUGAUGAUAGUGAAGCUGAAACAGGAGACAAAGUACUGGACUCCCUCGAUGAUUGUAUGGCUACAGAUGUCCUAGACAUAAGGGACCCUGAGGAAUUAGAAGUGUAUGGUAACCAAAAACAGGCGAGCCUUCAAAUAACUAGCUACGUAUUUGAAGUGUGCGACAGUUUAUUGAACAUAGGGCCCUGCGGUAACGUGUCCCUAGGCGAGCCGGCCUUCCGCAGUGAAGAAUUCAACAAACUGUCCGAACCGGAUCUCGAACUAGUGACGACAUCCGGGUACGGAAAGAACGGAGCACUGUGUGUCCUACAGAAAUCCAUCAGGCCACAAAUUGUCACUACUUUCACUCUGCCUGGGUACUCGAAUAUGUGGACUGUACGUCACAACGACGAUAAACAUGCUUUCCUCAUUCUUAGUCAAGAAGAGGGAACUAUGAUUCUUCAAACAGGACAGGAAAUCAACGAAAUUGACAACACUGGCUUUGCCACUGAUGGACCUACUGUUUUUGCUGGAAAUUUAGGCAAUAAUAAGUACAUAGUGCAAAUUACAACUGUUGCAGUCCGAUUACUGGCUGGUACAAAUCAACUACAACAUGUUCCUUUGGAUUUGGGAUCCCCUAUAGUGCAUGUGUCCUGCACAGAUCCAUAUGUAUCGCUGCUGACUACAGACGGUCAAGUAAUAACUCUUAUGUUAAGGGAAACUCGGGGCACGGCGAAGUUGGUCAUCAGUAAAUCCACUUUAUCUAAUACGCCGCCAGUCUCGACCAUAUGCAUGUACAAAGACACGUCGGGUUUGUUUUCAAAUAAAAUACCCGAAGAAUUUACCUCACUCCCUGAACACUUCAUGAAGGAUAUGGAACUAAAAACAGAGACCGAAAAUGAGGACGAUCUGUUGUAUGGCGACAGUGAUUUCAAAAUGCCCUCCCUCAAUCCGCCUCAACCCAAGCCAAAAGUAUACUACAACUGGUGGAAAAAAUAUUUCACUAACUCGCGACCCACGUACUGGUUGUUCGUGGUCCGGGAGAACUCCAACCUGGAAAUCUACUCGGUGCCCGACUUCAAACUUUGUUUCUACGUGACGAACCUCAGUUUCGGAUACAAAGUACUAGUCGAUAGUUUGGAAUCCGUGACGGUCAGUGCGUCGGGUCCUUCCAACGAGGCGCAACUACAACAGAAUUACCCGGUACGUGAGAUUCUGAUGGUUGGUUUGGGCAACAACGGUAGUCGACCCAUACUUCUAGUGCGUCUGGACAAAGAAUUGUUUAUCUACGAAGUCUUCCGAUUCACCCGUGGUAAUCUGAAGUUGCGGUUCAAGAAGCUGCGCCACAACGUUAUGUACGCUCCUAACAUGAUUGCUCCUAACAAGGGCGAGAGCCCCGAAUAUACCGUUCUAAGGGAACGAAUCGCCAAGAUGCGCCACUUUACUAAUAUAUCUGGAUAUGAUGGCGUGUUCAUUUGCGGUGGCAGUCCCUAUUGGAUCUUCCUGACGACGAGGGGGGAAUUAAGGACUCAUUCUAUGAAUAUUGAUGGGGAAGUGUUUAGUUUUGCACCCUUCAAUAACGUCAAUUGUCCACAGGGAUUCUUAUACUUUAACAUAAAGUCGGAGCUAAGAAUAGGAGUGCUACGCACACACUUGAAUUACGAUGCUCCAUGGCCAGUACGUAAAGUGCCCCUUCGUUGCACGCCACAUUUCGUCAGUUACCACUUGGAAUCAAAGACGUAUUGUUUGGUAACUAGCACGGCUGAACCGUCCAAUAAGUACUACCGAUUCAACGGCGAGGAUAAAGAGUUAUCUGAGGAGGAUAAAGGUGACCGGUUCCCGUACCCUCCACAAGAACGCUUUAGUUUGAUGUUGUUCUCGCCUGUGUCCUGGGAAGUCAUUCCCAACACGAAAAUCGACUUGGAUGAGUGGGAGCAUGUGAAUUGCUUGAAGAAUGUGGCGUUGGCGUAUGAAGGAACGAGGUCUGGACUGAAAGGUUACAUAGCGGUUGGAACCAACUACAAUUACGGAGAAGACAUUACUUCAAGAGGCAGAAUUUUAAUCUAUGAUAUCAUAGAAGUGGUUCCUGAACCUGGACAACCCCUUACUAAGAAUAGGUUUAAGGAAAUAUAUGCUAAAGACCAAAAAGGUCCAGUUACAGCUCUGUCUCAGGUCAAAGGAUUUUUAGUAUCAGCCGUUGGACAGAAGAUCUACAUUUGGCAGUUGAAAGAUAAUGAUUUAGUGGGAGUAGCCUUUAUUGAUACACAAAUUUAUACCCAUCAAAUUUUAACUAUCAAGAGUUUACUGCUGGUUGCUGAUGUAUAUAAGUCAAUUUCACUCUUGAGAUUCCAAGAAGAAUAUAGAACACUCUCCUUAGUAUCACGGGAUUUCCGUGCCUGCGAGGUUUAUUCCGUGGAAUAUAUGAUAGAUAAUAGCAAUUUGGCAUUUUUGGUUUCUGACAGAGAAAAGAAUUUGGUGCUGUACAUGUAUCAACCGGAAGCGAGGGAAUCUCUCGGGGGUCAACGACUCCUGAGAAAAGCAGAUUUCCACCUGGGUCAAGCAAUAAAUUCAUUCUUCAGAUUAAGAUGCAAGUUAAGUGAAAUAACGGAUUCUAAAAAACAGUACAAUUCCGAUAAGAAACACGUUUCCAUGUUCGCUACGUUGGAUGGAGGACUGGGUUACAUCAUGCCAUUGUCGGAAAAAACGUACCGUAGAUUACUCAUGUUGCAAAACGUGAUGGUUACUCACGGUGCUCAUAUUGCGGGACUGAAUCCCAAAGCCUUUAGGACGUACAAGAGCUGGAGGAAGUUGCAGGCCAAUCCGGCGCGGUCUAUUAUUGACGGGGAACUGGUGUGGAAUUUCGUCCAUCUAUCGAUUGUGGAGAAAAUAGAGGUAUCUAAGAAAAUUGGUACAAAACUGGACGAACUUAUGGAAGACCUCAGCGAUAUCCAGAAACUUACAAAUCAUUUUUAGUUUGAUAAAUUUUGUAUAAAAUAAAUUAAUUUUUUUAAUUAAAUUUAAGGAAACCUCCA